UAAGUUAACCUAAAUCUGUCAUUGUCGUAGAGGAAAGUUGUCAUUUUUUUUAGAAACAGUGAGGUGUCUAUUAAAAUCAAUGAAUUUGUAAAGAAAUUGAAUCCGUUUUAACUUAAUUGUUGUUAUUAUAUGGUUCUAAGAGUAUUGGACAUUAGAAAUGGCAGAUCAACAGUUAAGCCAGUUGUCCGUGAAUGAUGAUGAUGAUGUGGUGGACCCAUGGAAUGUGGCAGGAAAAUCAGAAACAGGAAUAGACUAUGAUAAAUUAAUUAAAAGAUUUGGUAGUUCAAAGAUUGAUGAAGAACUUAUUAGUAGAUUUGAAAAAGUGACAGGUCACAAAGCACAUCAUCUGUUAAAACGAGGAGUCUUCUUCUCACAUCGGGACAUGCACAGCAUCCUGAACCUACACGAGGCUGGAAAAAAGUUUUACUUGUACACAGGCAGAGGCCCUUCGUCAGAGAGCAUGCAUCUUGGUCAUAUGAUCCCAUUUAUGUUUACCAAAUGGCUUCAAGAUGUAUUUAAUGUCCCACUGAUCAUACAACUGACUGACGAUGAGAAGGCACUGUGGAGGGACAUCAAAAUUGAAGACGCUCGCCAGAUGGCCUACAACAAUGCUAAGGAUAUCAUUGCUAUUGGAUUUGAUCUUAAAAACACUUUUAUUUUCAACGAUUUGGACUUUAUCGGCCAGUGUCCAGCGUUUUACCAAAACAUGAUCCGGAUACAGAAAUGUGUUACAUACAACCAAGUUAAAGGUAUUUUCGGUUUUGGUGACUCUGACGUCAUUGGCAAGAUCACCUUCCCGUCGAUAGAGGCCGCACCAGCCUUCUCCACGUCAUUCCCGUUCAUAUUUGAUAAUAAAGUUCUGCCGUGUCUAGUCCCGUGCGCCAUCGACCAGGACCCCUACUUCCGCAUGACGCGCGACGUGGCCGCGCGCCUCAAGAUGCCCAAACCAUCGCUCAUUCAUUCCUCCUUCCUGCCCGCGCUCCAGGGGGCCCAGCACAAGAUGUCUGCCAGUGAUCCUAACGCUUCGAUAUUCUUGAACGAUACCCCCAAACAGAUUAAGAAUAAGAUCAAUAAAUAUGCUUUCUCUGGCGGUCAAGCGACGGUAGAAGAGCACAGAGAGAAGGGCGGCAAUACUGAAGUGGAUAUAUCUUACAAGUACCUUUCCUUCUUCUUAGAGGACGAUGACAGAUUAGCGGAGAUCAAGAAACAAUACGAAAGCGGCCAGUUACUAACGGGCGAAUUAAAAAAGAUAGCAAUAGACACGAUAACCCCGUACAUCCAGCAGUACCAGGCGCGGCGCGCGGCCGUCAGCGACGACGUCAUGCGGCGGUACUUCCAGCUGCGGAAGCUCGACUGCUGAACCAUACACUAUUAUUUAUUUUUACUUUUUUAAGAGUGCAAGUGGCCGUGUUAUGUCACAAGGACAUGUCUUUGUUGGAUCAUGUUACAGUGGUAAUUUCGGGGUAAUUAAUACCUAUGUGUUUCAGCACUAUGUCCCGUUUCAUCUCGUAUAUUUCUAAUACGCAUUUCUCUUGUAUGAGUGAAACGAAAGAUAUAUUGUUAUUGUUGUAGUAAAUAUUAUUAUUUAUAGUUAACAAAAAAAAAGACAAAGCUUAUUUUUAACAAGCAUAUAUUACCUCCCGGCCUGUUCCUAGCUAGCUAGUUUCUUAUUUAAAUGGUGAAGACUAAGAAGUACAUUGUGUAUAUAAUAAAUUCUCCACGUUAACUAUUUUUUGUAACCAAAACUCGAUUUAUAGGCAUUCUGUCUUAUCUGAGUGUUAUCCCGGUGUCAUUCGCGGCUGUCCGAACCCGAGCUUAAAAUUCUGAAGAUAUAGGUGUGAUAUUAGGACCUGACAUCAACUCUCUUUAGGAAUACUGAUGUUGACUAUCAGCUGUCAAGGAUUUUUACCCCUAUAACAAAGCGCUAUUAAUGCCAUUUUGUUCCAAGAGUAUUACAUUGUAUGUUUCUUAUAUUACCAUGACAUUAAAUGUCUGCUUGUCUGUUUGUAUGUACUUCGCACGAGUAUAGGCCUUAUUUAUACUAUUGUAAAACUACGGCUGUGCUUGAAGCAUAACAGUAUUGUGACUAUUGCUAAGGAUAAUAAAAUCUGGCAUUUGAUUA